AAGCUUCGCCAUUAGCAGCAGUGAGCAGAAGAAGAAGAAGACCGGUGCCAUAGCUCGCCCUGUUCCUCUCUGGCUUCCUUUUGAGGAUAACGAGAGCGGUAAAGAGAGAGAGAUAUUCUCUUGGGUAUCCCAAUGGCGCGCGUCGAUCCGUCCAUUGCCGCCCCCGGCCGUCUUCUUCGGCUGCUCAUCUACUGUGGCAUCUUCCUUCUCCCCUUCUUCUUCUCCUCCUCUGUGGAUGCCUCGGUGCACAGCUACGUCGGCGACAAGUUCGCUCCGAAAGGCAAUGCCUUCGUUCUCCACGGCGGCAGCGAGGGCCUCUACGCCUCCCUCCCCGAUCCCAACGCCACCGCCGGCCCCGGCGACGCCUUCAUCCGCUUUGAGAAGAUCACAUUCAGGCGGCCUGAGCAAGCUACUGAAAAUAGUAAAGACACUGAUAACGUUAUGGUACAAGCGAUUGUAUUUGAGGUAGAAGAUCGGGAAACAAUUGGUGGGUCAGCCUAUGGUGGUCAACGAGCUGUCUGUUGCACAGCAGAUCUGGCAAAAUUAGGUGCCUGCACUCAAGGCACAGUUAUCUAUCGGCCCUCCACUCAGAACCCUAACUGGCCACAAGUGCUUGUUGCUAGUUUCAGUGGAAAGGAUCUUGUUGCGACACUGCCAUCCCACAGUAUACCCAUCACGAGAACUGGGAUGUACAACCUGUAUUUUAUAUAUUGUGAUCCAGCACUCAGUGGCCUGGCUAUAGAGGGGAAGACUGUGUGGAAAAAUCCCACUGGCUACCUGCCAGGAAGGAUGGCCCCUCUCAUGAACUUUUAUGGAUUAAUGUCUCUUGCAUUUGUGAUACUUGGGAUAUUUUGGUUUUCACAGUACGUGAGGUUUUGGAAAGAGGUUCUUCCACUUCAGAACUGCAUAACACUAGUCAUUGCAUUAGGCAUGUUUGAAAUGGCAUUGUGGUACUUUGAAUAUGCUGAAUUCAAUGAAACUGGACUCAGACCAAUGGGGAUUACCUUUUGGGCAGUAACCUUUGGUACAGUAAAAAGAACAGUGUCACGAGUCAUUAUUCUGGUUGUUUCAAUGGGGUAUGGAGUUGUUAGGCCUACUUUGGGCGGCCUCACUUCUAAGGUGAUCAUGUUUGGAGCAACAUUUUUCCUAGCAUCUGAGAUACUUGAGUUGGUGGAGAAUGUAGGUUCCGUAAGCGAUCUUGCUGGAAAAGCAAGAUUGUUCUUGGUUCUUCCUGUGGCACUCCUGGAUGCAUUCUUCAUUCUUUGGAUUUUUACUUCUCUUUCAAAAACUCUGGACAAACUCCAGGCAAGACGGUUGAUGGCUAAGCUAGACAUUUACAGGAAAUUUACUAAUGCAUUGGGUGUUGCUCUUGUUUUGUCUGUCUGUUGGAUUUGCUAUGAGCUGUAUUUCAAAUCAACUGACAUAUACAACGAGCGCUGGCAGAAUGCUUGGAUCAUUCCUGCCUUUUGGCAGGUCCUCUCCUUCUCUCUUCUCUGUGUGAUCGCUGAUCUUUGGGCACCCUCCCAAAACUCAAAGAGAUAUGCUUACUCGGAUGACGGAACUGAAGAUUUCGACCGAGAGGAUUCGUUCUCUCUAAUAAAACCAGGACCAAUUCCUUCAAAAGAUACUCGCGGUUCUGCAGCUUCGAUCGAUGCUAGAGCGGCCGUGAUCAGCAACACUACGACCUCAAACAAUGGAGACAUCGAAGAAGAUAAAAGGGAGUAGUAACACAGCAAGCAGCAUCAACCUGUUUUGCAGUAGCGAUUUCACGUUGUCACAGGAUUCCAUCAGCUUCCAUUGCCCAGCAGUAGCUUAUGUUAAAACGAAUCCAAUGAGAUCCUCCAUCUUUGUACUUUUUUUUUUUUUCUGUUGUUACAGGGACUGGCAUCUACCAGGAUGUAUGAUACUUGUUUUAUCUUCUCAUUUCUUGGCCCUUUAAUUUUCUUUUCUUGUACCAAGGCUUUGUAUUUAAUUCGCAUAUUACAUGAAUGUUAUUACUGAGGGAUGGUAAGAUUUUUCGGAUAAUGGUA